AUGAGCUCAGUCGACACAUCUCUGCAUCCACACACGAGCAGGCGGGCCGCGCAGUUUGCCAAAGCGCAUUCGACUCCUAACCCUCUGGUUCUGUAUGGCGGAUGGUUUUGCCCCUUUGUCCAGCGCACAUGGAUCACAUUACACGAGAAGAACAUCCCGCAUCAGUACGUCGAGAUCAACCCGUACGAGAAGGACGCGGAAUUUCUCAAACUCAACCCGCGCGGGCUCGUCCCUACGCUCGCCGUCCCGGUCGACCCGGCCCGCAAAGAACAGAAACCGCUGUACGAGAGCGUCGUCAUCUGCGAGUAUUUGGACGAAGUGUACACCGACCCAACCGAGCACGGUCCGUCAUUGCUACCGGCCAAUGCCUAUGAAAGGGCGCGAUGCAGGAUUUGGAUCGACCACAUCAGCGGCCGGAUCGUGCCUGCGUUCUACCGGUUCAUGCAGCAUCAACAUUCAGACCUCUCUCCGUACACGCUUGAUGAGGCGCGCGCCGAGUUUCUGCAUCAUAUCAAGACCUUCGUCCAAGAGGCCGAUCCCACUGGGCCGUUCUUUCUGGGCGAUCAGUUCAGCAUGGUCGACGUCAUGCUCGCCCCCUGGCUGUGCAGGCUGUUUCUCUUCGACGUGUUCAAAGGCGGCCUGGGCAUUCCCGCCGAAGGUAAGGGUGGGGCGGAUGAGCCGGUCUGGCAGCGCUGGAGGAGGUGGGCCAAGGCCACCGAGGAGAGACAGAGCGUGCUGGAUACUCUCAGCGAGCGCAGACAAUAUAUCGAUGCGUACAGGAGAUACGCCGAAGACACGACACAGAGUCAGGUCGCGCAGGCGACGAGGGCGGGGAGACGUUUGCCCUAG